AUGGCCAGUCCUCCCGUGCUUGCUUUCGAUGCUGAGGGCCGCCCAGUGAAGUUUGACACCUGGCUAGAUGACCUGCACCUCUUCCUACAGCUCACUGCCAAGGAGGAUAUUUCGCUGUACGAUCAUGCCCUCGGUCACGCUACUGCCCCUCCUACCACUGCAGACAGCACUCAGCGCUCACAGUGGCAGACUCGUGACGCCCAUGCUCGCUUCGCUAUUCGCAACUCCCUGCCGCUAGAUGAGCGCGAGCACUUUGGCCAGCACAAGACUGCUAAGGACCUGUACACUGCUGUAGUUGCUCGUUACUCCUCACCUGCCUCUGCCGCACUAGGCCGCCUCACCCUCCCCUACCUGUUCCCCGACCUGGUCUCCUUUAGCACAGUCGCUGACCUCAUCACCCACCUCAGGACCAGUGAGGCCCGCUUUCGCGCUGCUAUGCCUGACGAGUUCCUUGCUAGCAACCCCCCCCCGCUCUGGAUCACGCUCUACCACAUCGUCACCCGCCUCCCUGACUCUCUGCGCGCAGCACCUCUCGUGGCGACCCCCGCACCCCGUUCUUUGAGGGGUGUUCCCCUUCCCCUCUCCUCCCCUCUGUCGCCUCUGCUGCUGCUGUCGACCUCCUUGGUGCUGAGAAGGUCGGAACCGCGUCUGCUCCGAGCGGGCGCCGCAGGGGCAAAGGGGGCAAGGGUGGAGGUGGCGGCGGGGGAGGCGGGGGUGGAGGCGGUGGGAGUGGAGGUGGGACUGGAGAGGCUAGUGGCGGCAGUGGGGGUGGUGACAGCAGCGGCGGGAGCGGUGGCAGGGGCGGAGGCGGCAGCGGAGGCGGAGGUGGUCGUGGCGGCGGCAGGGGUGGAGGUGGCCGGGGCGGUGGCGGCGGCGGUGGUGGUCGUGGAGGCGCUGGCGGUGGCCAGAGCCAGCAGCACGCCCCGUCGCUUCAGGAGGCACGUGAGUGGUAUUCGCAGCGGGGGGGGGCGGGUGGUUUUACCUGCACGUACGUCAUCCGCACUGUUUCCUGCUGGCGCUGAGCUGCCCCGCUGGGCUGAUCUGGAGAGGCAGGGGGUUGAUAUCUGGGCUCUAGACUUUGAUGCUAUUCUCACUGCCAUGUAUGCGAUGUUUACUAGUGGAGAGGGUGCUCAGUACUUGCGUGUUCCGCCCGACCCGGGCAUUCUGACCAGUCCGACUGCCGCUCUAGGUGCUAGUGAGUCUGCUGCCCCAGGUCCUGGUGAGGCUGCUGCUCUAGGUGCUCGUGAGUCUGUGCCCCCUGGUACUGAGUCGACUGCGGCACUGCACACCUUCACACUGGACUCAGGUGCUUCUUGCUGUUUCUUUCGUGACCGCACUGUCCUUGAGCCACUCGCUCGGCCAGUUGCUGUCUCUCUCGCUGACCCCUCUGGGGGUCCGGUCCUUGCGACCUCCUCCACUGUCCUUCCUUGUCCUGCGGUCCCGUCAGGCACACUGUCCGGUCUCUACCUCCCCUCGUUCUCUACGAACUUGGUGGCGGGUAGUGCGCUCCAGGACGGGGGUGUUCACCAGUUCACCCCUGCCUACGAGCGCGUGAUACACUGCACGUGUGCUCGGACGGGCCGUCACCUGGCUACCUUCACUCGGCAGCCGGGGUCGGACCUGUACACACUGACCACUGAGUCCCCUCAGGUAGCUGCGUCCGCGUCUGCGUCUGCGUCAGGUCAGCUGUCCGCCCCCUGCUCGUGUCGCUCUCUGGCGCACGAGACUGUCCUCUGGCACCACCGCCUUGGUCACCCGUCUGUGCAGCGCCUUCGGGCCAUGCACAAACGGGACCUUGUUGCUGGUCUUCCCAGGGUUCUCCCUCCCCUCCCACCCUCGCCUGCUCCUCCCUGUCUUCCCUGUGUCGAGGGGCGGCAGCGCGCCGCUCCUCACUCCUCCUCCUUUCCCCCGACGACUGCUCCUUUGCAGACGCUCCACAUGGACGUGUGGGGCCCAGCCCGCGUCCGUGGUCAGGGUCAGGAGAGGUACUUCCUGAUUGUUGUUGAUGACUUCUCGCGCUACACCACGGUCUUCCCCUUGCGCACCAAGGGUGACGUCCCUGAUCAGGAGGGCAUUGAGCAGUCGUUCACGCUUCCGGCCUCUCCACAGCAGAACGGGGUUGCUGAGCGCCGCAUUGGCUUGGUCAUGGAGGUCGCUCGUACCUCCUUGGUUCAUGCGGCUGCCCCCCACUUUCUGUGGCCGUUUGCGGUCCGAUACGCUGCGCAUCAGCUCAACCUCUGGCCCCGUGUCUCCUUACCGGAGACUUCUCCGACACUGCGUUGGACGGGAGAGGCUGGCGAUGCGUCGCGUUUUCGGGUCUGGGGAUCCCGAGCUUUUGUUCGCGACACGUCCGCAGACAAGCUCUCCCGUCGCGCUGUCCCCUGUGUCUUCCUUGGCUUUGUCCCGGACGCGCCUGGUUGGCAGUUCUACCACGCCACCUCGCGUCGUGUCCUGGCCUCUCAGGACGUCACUUUUGACGAGUCCGUCCCCUACUACCGCCUCUUCCCCUACCGCACUGCCCCACUCCCCCCCCCGCCUCUCUUCCUCGCUCCAGGUGCUGAGGUACCAGACCCCCUCCCCCCUCAAAUUGCCGCUCCCUCAGGUGUGUCCCAGGUAGACCCGAGUGAGCCUGUCGAGGUAGCUGUUGACUCUCGUCCUGCUGGGGGUACUGAGCCUGGGGGUGCUGAGCCUGGGGGUGCUGCGUCUGGGGGUGCUGAGCCUGGGAGUGCUGAGUCUGGGGGUGCGGAGCCUGGGGGUGCUGAGCCUGGAGGUGCGGAGCCUGGAGGUGCGGAGCCUGGGGGUGCUGAGUCUGGAUACGAGUGUGGAGCCUGGGGGUGCUGA